AUGCAGGUAAAUAAAAGUCCUACUAAUAACAGACCUACCUAUGAGAGCAGAUCAAAGAAGAGGUGUGUGCGAGUGUCUGAGUGUACUCGAGGAUGUCUGGGAGUGUCGGAGUGUGUCCAGGUGUGCCCAACUGUGCCCGAAUAUGUCUGGGUGUGCCAGAGUGAGCCAAAGUCUGUCAGGGUGUGUCUGAGAGUACCCGAGUGUGUUCGAGUGUUCCUGGGUGUACCCGAGUGUGCCCGACGGUGUCUGGGUGUGCCUGAGUGUCUACAGACAUGUCUGAGUGUGUCCAGGUGUGCCCGGGUGUAUCUGGGUGUGCCUCAGUGUGUCCGGGUGUGCCUGAGAGUGCCCAAGUGUGUCUGUCUCCAGGCAUGUCUGAGCGUGUCUGAGUGUCUCCGGGUGUGCCCAGAUGUCCCCGAGUACGUCUGGGUGUGCCUGAGUGUGUCAGAGUGUAUAUGGGUGUGUCUGAGUGUGCCUGCGUGUGUCCGGGUGUGCCUGACUGUGCCCAGGUGUUUCUGA